ACGACGCAUGGGAAUCUGACCCGUACUCUUCUCUUUUUCUUUUUUAAUUUUGUGGACCAAUGAUAUAGACACCUGGGUGACACCUAUUUUCCUUGUAAAUAUCAGCUACAAUCCACUUAAUAAGAGCCACUCGUCGUUGGGCACGAAACUGCAUAACGCCAAUAAAUAUAUACUAUAAUCAACACAGAAAAAUACAAUUUGAACGAAGCAAAGGGUUCAAUAAAAAAAACAUUGUUUGCCUCACUGUCUUGUUACUUCAAGUAUAUAGUAAAAAAAUUAAUAGCACCAAAUGUGUUGAAUGUUAAUCAACUAGCACAAGGUUGAGGCUAUUCUAGGGUAAGUGGCAGAGCUCAUAUUCUUUUAUAUUAGUCUUCAAAGUCUCGAAUUCUUGCCUCCGCCAAUUGCAUAGUAUCUUAUAUCAUUAUGAUAAGUACACACUGAAUUUAGACAUCACAAGUUUUUUUUUUCUUAUAACAUACCUCAAAUAUCAAAUCUAUUUACUUUUUUAUUUGUUUUUUUCAAUUGUCUAGAGUCUAGACUGAUUAGUUGUAGAUCUACCCAAGGAGGACAUGUGUACGGAUGUUCUCCUCCAAGGGGAGAAACACGUAAGGAUGUGAUUGCAUUUGCAACUCCUUCUCUUUUUCAGUUGGACCCAUUAACAGCUAGCUCAACCCACCCACCCCUAUUUGAACUCUACUCUCCACCACAUUUUCUAUUCACUGUAUUGAUUUAUAUGAAUAUCUUCUCCCUUCACCAGUUCCCCUCCAAACAUCAUGGAAGAAGAUACUGAAGUCCAACCAACCAGUACCACUUCCUCCACUGAAGAAGAAGAAGUGUGUGUUGAGAACAACAACAAGAACAAGAAGUAUCGUGGGGUCCGCAUGCGUCAGUGGGGUAGAUGGGUUUCAGAAAUCAGAGAGCCCAAGAAGAAGUCUAGAAUCUGGCUCGGCACUUUUCCCACUCCAGAAAUGGCGGCCCAAGCCCAUGACGUGGCGGCCCUCGCCAUCAAAGGCCCAUCCGCUUUCCUCAAUUUCCCCGAAUCAGCCUCACAACUUCCACGGCCCGCCACCACUUCCCGGAAAGAUAUCCAAGCCGCCGCCGCCAAGGCAGCUACCAUGAAUUACAAUCACCGUGAAGCCCAAGCCCAGGCCCAAACAAGCCCAUUCAUGUGUUCUUCAAAUUCAUCAUCGUUAACUUGCGAUGAUGACUCGCUCUUCGACCUUCCUGAUCUCUCUUUCGGCUCAAGCCACAGUGGAGGUGAGCUUCAUUACUCGGCGCCGUGGCUCGGAGCCGGAGCUGAACACAUAGACUCGGGUUUUCGGCUAGAGCUGGAAGACCCUUUCCCGUGGAAGUGCUACUAGUUUGUUAAAGGUUUAAUUGUUUUAUUGCUUGCUUUGAUAGAUAGUGUAAAUGAUUUUCACUUUUCAGGGUAAGUUCUAUAGCUUUUCACUUUUCUGUAUAAAAAAAAUAUGAUUAUGUCUUUAUUUGAUAAUAAAAAUUAAAAUUGUUUCAA